CCCCUUCGGCCACACUAGCUGGCAUUUUCGCUGUAUCUCCGGAAAAUGCAGAAUUAAACAGUCGGAAAAUGAGCAAGCCAACAAAUAAACCGAAGGAACCGGCGGCGGUGGCUGCAGCUGCCUCUGCCAGCUUGAAGCGGAUAAGCGAGAAAAAGCUGGAGGCCUUUACGGUGGGCACGUUCUCGAAGCGGCAGUUGUCCAAGAAGGAAAUCGAGGAGCAGAAGAAGAAGGAGGAUGCGGCUGCUGCGGCACAUGCCUUUGUUGAGUUCGUGGAGACGUUCCAAGACGCGCCCACACCCUCCUCCAAGGUGUGGGUCAAAGCCGGCACUUACGAUGCAGGAUCGCGGCGCGAGGACAAGACGGAGAAGGGAAAGCUCUAUAAGCCCGGCUCCAAGCUGCUGGAGAAGAGCUCCGCUGAGAAGGCUGAGGAAUAUGCCAAAGUUCUGGCCUCGGAUCUCAAAAAGGAUGCAGGACCCUUGAAGAAGAAAAACCAGGAAAAGAAGAAGAGCAACUUGGAGCUGUUCAAGGAGGAGCUGAGACAGAUCCAAGAGGAACGAGAAGAGCGACACAAGUACAAACACCUGGCCGUGUCCCAUGCCCCACCACCACAGCAGCCAGCGGCUGCAGCUCCAAGCAGCAGUGCCUCCACCACCACCUCCCAGGCCUCGAACAGCUCACGGGACUCUGGAUCCUUCGAUACCGGCGAUCCAAACACCACCAACCUUUACCUGGGCAACCUGAAUCCCAAGAUAUCCGAACAGCAGCUCAUGGAAAUCUUUGGGCGCUAUGGUCCCUUGGCCAGCAUCAAGAUUAUGUGGCCGCGUUCCGAGGAGGAGAAGCAGAGAGGUCGCAACUGUGGCUUUGUGGCCUACAUGAGUCGCAAGGAUGCCGAACGGGCGCUGAGAACACUCAACGGUCGCUACAUUAUGGGCUAUGAAAUGCGUUUGGGAUGGGGCAAGACUGUGCCCAUAAUGAACACUCCCAUAUUUGCCCCACAAGCAUUGCUGGAAAUGACACUUCCGCCGCCACCAUCUGGCCUGCCUUUUAAUGCCCAGCCACCGCCAAGCGAAGCUGAUGUUCUGCCCAAGAAAAACUACAAGGAGUUUGAUAAAGAUGAGGACAAGGAGAAUAUGGAGAGGAUUCUCUCCAAAUGCGUGGUCAAGGUCCACAUUCCCACAGAGAAGGCCGUGCUCAAUGUUAUUCAUCGCAUGAUCGAGUUCGUCAUUCGCGAGGGACCCAUGUUUGAGGCUUUAAUCAUGAUACGCGAAAUGGAGAAUCCAUUGUUCUCGUUUCUGUUUGAUAACGAGAGUCCCGCUCACAUUUAUUACCGGUGGAAGCUCUUCUCGCUGCUGCAGGGAGACACGCCCAAUGAGUGGAAAGAGAAUGAGUUUCGCAUGUUCAAGAACGGGCCGGUUUGGAAGCCACCCAUUGCCAACUUCUAUACCCAGGGAAUGCCCGAUGAGCUAGUGGUGGAUCCCGAUGCUCCUGUGGUGCAUAAGGGCGCCCUGUCCAAUGCUCAACGUGAUCGUCUUGAGGAUCUGAUAAGACAACUAACCCCGGAACGGGCCCGCAUCGGGGAUGCCAUGAUCUUCUGCAUUGAGCAUGCCGAUGCUGCUGACGAAAUAUGCGAAUGCAUUGCCGAGUCUCUUGGCAGCCUCAAGACUCCGGCAUCGAAGAAGAUUGCUCGAUUGUAUCUGAUCUCAGAUGUACUGCACAACUGCACGGUUAAGGUGGCAAAUGCAUCUUUCUUUCGCAAGUCCGUGGAGAAACAAUUGAUGGAUAUAUUCGAAAAUCUGCACAGCUAUUACUCGAACAUUGAGAGUCGCCUGAAAGCAGAGGGCUUCAAGUCCAGAGUCUGCAAUGUCCUUCGCACCUGGGAGGAAUGGACAAUCUAUCCCAAGGAGUUUAUGGCUCAGCUAAGAGCCAAAUUUCUGGGCAAACCGUAUGUAAUGCCGGCUAGUUCAUCGCCUCAGGCAGAGGAAACACCAUCUGAGGAGGCUUUGGAGGAAGAUAUCGAUGGGGCCCCACUCUCUGGUGAGGAGAAGGAUGACGAGGACUUGGACGGUGUCCCGCUGGACGGUGCUGCCUUGCUCAAGAGUGCCUUGAAGCGGGCCUUGCCAGAUGCUGCCACGCCACAGCGAGGAACUCCCAAGAAGGAUGAAUACCUGGAUGAAAUAGAUGGCGUACCUCUUGAAGAGGACUUUGAUGGUGUCCCCAUCGAAAAGGAAACUAAGCCUCACGUUAAAAUGCCAGGAUUUAUACCUUCGAAAUGGGAAACUGUUGACCCGCAGCAAGUGGAAGCCCAGGCUAUUACCACCAGCAAGUGGGACACACUCGAUCCCCCGGAUCCGCCCAAGUUUUUCAGUUCCGAUGAUGAAAGCGAGGAUGACAACUCCCAGAAGUAUAACGAUGAGAAGCGUCAGAAGCUGCGGGAGAUUGAACUCAAGGCCAUUCAGUACCAGGACGAACUGGAGUCGGGCAAGCGGCGAGUGGAGCCCGGAUGGUCGGUGGCAGAGCAAGUGGAGUAUUUCCGCAAGCGUUUGCUCAAGCAGGACUCCAGAUCUGAUUCUGCCGUGGAUUCUCCCUUGAGCUACCUGCACGCAAAAUCAAAGAGCUCCAAGCUUGGUGAAAGCCCUGCUCAGCCAAGCAGUAGCACUCUAAAAAGGUCACACUCGCCCUACGCAGAGGCCAAGCGUCGCGAAUACUCGCCGACCAACUCCCGCUCCUCGAAAUCCUCCAAGCGCCAUAGGUCGCGUAGCUCGUCUGGAUCACCGAGGCGUUACUCAGAGCGAUCAGCGCGCAGCUCCCGUAGCUCUCGAAGGUCUACGUCUCCCUCCGCCUCGCGGUCUAAUCGAAGAGAAGAUUCGCCUCCCUCGAAGCACAGCAGCGAUAAGCACAAGCGCAAGCAUAGGCACUAGAUUGUAUGACUUUUAAUUAAAGGACUUAAUUAAACGUAAAUUU